AUUGUCAAAACAGAUGUUAUUGAUGUUAGUAAAAUUAAGUCGUCAGACGUCAGACCUAAACAGCAUAUUUAUGAAGACUUUGUGAUUUUCAUUGCUUUGAGGUAAAAUCAGAAUGAUAUCGCCAAGUAGAAAACAUAAAAGGUCAAGAUCUCCGUGUAGCAGAAGACGCAGAUCAAGAUCCAACAGCAGGCAAAGGAAAAGAUCAAGAUCCAACAGCAAGCAGAGGAAAAGAUCAAGAUCAAGAAGUAAAUCACAUAAAUAUCAAAGAAGAGGAACAACUGCCUUCAAUUCAGAUCAUGAUUCAAGAAGACAUCUUGAUAGUUCAAGAUUAGAAGAAUAUCUCGAAGGCAGAAGACGAGAGAGAGAACUUCUAGGAAUGACCGACCCUCCAUUUUUUUGGGGAAAAUCUCCUGAUAGGGAAAGCGAAACUGAUGAAGAAGAAGAACAAGAAAGGGACAAACCUGUAAAGCAUAAAAAAGAUAAGAAAAAAAAGAAGGAAAAGAAGUCGAAAAGAGAGAAAAAGAAGCAUAAGAAAGAAAAGAAAAAAAAGAAGAAGAGAUUAUCCAGUAGUGAAAGUGAUUCAUCAAGUGAAGAAGAGGUUUGGGUGGAGAAAACAUCAGCGUCCAUAUCAUCGGAUACUGAAGAUGUACCUAUAGGCCCAGAACUGAAACCACAUACAACCCUGACACAUAGAGAAAUGGGAAAAGCUCUUCUUCCAGGAGAAGGUGCGGCCAUGGCAGCAUAUGUAGCAGAAGGGAAGCGUAUACCUAGAAGAGGUGAAAUUGGUCUGACUUCUAAUGAGAUUGAACAGUUUGAAUCAGUAGGUUAUGUUAUGUCUGGAUCAAGACAUAGAAGAAUGGAGGCUGUGCGUAUUAGGAAGGAAAAUCAAAUUUAUUCUGCUGACGAGAAAAGAGCAUUGGCAAUGUUCAGUAAAGAAGAAAGGCAGAAAAGAGAGAACCUCAUUUUGGGUCAAUUUAGAGACAUGGUAAAGUCUAAGCUUGCUGAAAAAAAUAAAGAUGAGUAGAAAAGAGUAAUUGAUAUAAUGCUGAAAACUUUUAUGAUUUGUUCAACAGUGUUAAAAAAUUCUGUAUUUUGCUGUGGCCUUGUCGAUUUUUUUCCUGAAGUUCAACCUACUACUGCGGUAGUAGGCAAAAAGUUCUCUGUUUUUCAAUCUUCGAACUGGAGAAAUCCAGAGACAAGUAAGAAUCUAUGACAGAAACCUCAGGUGAACAACCAACUAGAUCACGGCCAAAUUUGCCAAAAUUUUUCAACUCUGAUAAAAAUAAGUUACAUAUAAGAGAGAUAAGAGGAUAAAGAAACAAAGCAACUGAUGGAAUAUCGACCUAUGGAAAGGAAAAAAGGAGGAUGGAUACCUUAAGAAAAGCUGGAGAGAAGAAAUCAACAAAGCAAUUUGUGUAAGAGAAGUGAUGCUUUAGUGUACUCCAGAGAGGAAUGGAAGAGAGCUACUGGGCAACGUUUUAACCAACAAAUAACUGUAUAUAUUACAUAAGAUGGGAUAUUAUUAUUUGUAAAAGUAAUAUAAAUAAAGUAGAAUAUUUUCAUUUGCUACUUAGAUAUGAAAUUUUUGAGUUCACAUUGAGUUGAGAACCUUAUAUGUAAUCCCUCUAAUGAAAUGCUAAUCUUGAGGUUAGUAUUUUGUCCAUUUGUUUAGUUGGGUUUUCUUUUAUGAAUGUUUACUUAUAUCUUGUUUUUUAUUCCUGAAAGAGGACUAUUACCUCUGGAAUAUUGGUUUAUAAAUUGAAUUUGAAAGCAAAAUAAAUUUUCUAACUUUCUGAAA